AUGCUGUGUGCUGCAAGAAGAUAUAUGCUAUUUAGGCCACGUCUCCUGUGGCAGAGCGGUUCGGGGGCAGCUCGUUUCCAAUCUUCGCUGCGAACACCGAGUAGUAGCGAAGGGUUGGCAGAAGAUGAGGUCGACGAAUGGCUCGAGGCCAUCAAAGAGUUGAGGGCGGAGUUUUCUGCAGGUGAUUACCUGCCAGAGACUUCGCUCGCGCCUCCGGGCCAGUCCAAGGUGGACCUUCUGCAGGGACCGCAGGCGGGCUCCCAGGCGAGGCCAACUGCAGAGCAGUUGGCGCAAUGGGAGGCCUUGAAGUCCGUACCCAUCCCUCCACGCAACAACUCGACGCUGGACCACAUCACAAACAUGAUCAUGCGCCACGGCAAGAAGGAGAAGGCACAGUCCAUCCUGUCCAAGGCGCUGUACCUGGUGUUCUGCCAGACCCGGCAGGACCCCAUCCAGGCCUUGGAAAAGUCGCUGGACGAGCUGGCCCCCCUGAUGCUCACCAAGACGUUCAACACGGGCGUGGCCAAGGCCUCCGUCAUCCCCGUGCCUCUGAACAAGAGACAGAGAAACAGGAUCGCGUGGAACUGGAUCGUCCAGAGCGCAAACCAAAGGGUGUCCAGCGACUUCGCCGUGCGUUUGGGCGAGGAGCUCGUCGCCAUCUCUAGGGGCACCUCUUCUGCCUUCGACAAGAGAGACCAGAUCCACAAGACAGCGAUCGCGCACAGAGCAUACAUUCAAUUAAAGUAA